UUCCUCUAUUGUUACAUUGUAACAAACCGGGGCAGAAGAGAGGCCCAUAGGGUCCUCGGGCCGACAGAUACUACACAUCAUUUUUGUUUUUUUCUUUCCUUCGGGGUGGAAAUAUAACGUUGCGAUUUGUCUAAACAUAGCGCCGAACACAACCACCUAUUCGGAGGAAAAAAAACCCCGAAGGCUCGGCUCUAUUUGGUCUUUUUCAAUGCAGGCAUUUUAAAGGAUCACCUAGAGGUUUUUAUCUGCAUUUAUGGGAUGCAUCUGCGCCGGGAUUUGUCAUUUUUAAUGAAUACGGUCCUUGUCUGCCUUCGUCUGCCCCGUUUGAAUUUUUGCAGAGCUUGACUGCAACGUUCAGUGCUCGCAUAGCCUUCUCGACACACAAAACCCCCCCAUUUGUAGUCUAUGUCAAGACUAAUAUCCAUUGUUUACGAUGCUUAAAUGUUCGGACAUCACUGUAUCUUCGUGAAUAAACUGCUAUUUCCUUAGUGGUCUGGCCAUUUCGAUGGGCUGAAGUCGCUUUUGUCUGUCAUCUUGUAACCUUGUGGAAGUCUAAAGCCGAAAUAGCCUCAAAAUCCCCAAAGAAAAUAACCAUCCAAAUAAAGGAAGCACGGAUCGAGCGACAGCUUCGCCGGUUUAAAGGCUCUCUAUUUCUGCCCAAGACGCAGUGUUUCCAUGGAGACAGUGUCAUCUCGUGGCCUGAAGCGCAGAUUCGAGGAGGUGGACAGCGGCUCGCCGUGUUCCACACCCAAAGAUUCGGAUGAUGACAUCUCUAGCAGUGACAGCGCUGAUAGCUGCGACAGUCUCAAUGCUCCCUCCAGCUCUCUCACACCCCCCUCCAUUCUAAGAAGACACAAAGCAUCUUUAGGUCGUAAGCAGGUACGCUUUGACGCGGUGACGGUCUACUACUUCUCCAGGAGGCAGGGCUUCACCAGCGUGCCCAGUCAGGGUGGCAGCUCCCUGGGCAUGGCACGCCAUCACUGUGCUAUACGACAUUACACCCUUGGCGAGUUUGCACGAGAACAAGAGAGCAGCCACAAGCAUGUGCUGCGUCAACACCUGCGGCAAGAAAAACUCAACGCUCGCAAGUUAAAGCUGACACGGAAUGGAACUGUGGAUUGUCCCGAAGCCGAGUUGCUUACCCUGGACGACAUAUCCGAUGAGGAUCUGGACGUCGAGAGUGUAGAGGUGGACGAUUGCUUCUUCUUGCAGCCUCUUCCAACCAAGAGGCGUCGGGCACUACUGAGGGCCUCAGGUAUUGCCCGCAUAGAUGCCAGAGAAAAGGCUGAGCUGCGUGCCAUACGUUUGUCCCGGGAGGAGUGUGGUUGUGACUGCCGCUUCUACUGCGACCCUCGGCAUUGUGGCUGCAGCCAAGCUGGAAUUAAGUGCCAGGUGGAUCGGAUGUCCUUCCCAUGUGGUUGCACCCGUGACGGUUGUGGCAAUACAGCUGGUCGCAUUGAGUUCAACCCUCUUCGUGUGCGUACCCACUAUCUUCACACUAUCAUGAAACUUGACCUGGAAAAGAGAAGCCUGUUGGGUGUAAGGCCUGGAGAGGACUGUGGGGAAGAGACAGAGUUAGUCUCCUCUCCAUCUCUGUCUCUUUCUCCCUUGGACUCGGAUGUGGAGGUGGAAAGCCAAAGCAUUCAGGAGCUGCAAGAGGAGCACUGCGACAGCCUGGAGCGUGAGAACGAAACAGCCGUGCUUCACCUACAGAGUGCGGAGGAACGGGAAAGGAGACUGGAACAAGAGGAACAGCAGGUCGAAGAGGCGCAGACCACUGACCCGACCCUUUGCCUCCUGCAGGGUGCCCUCACCAGCCAGGCUGGGAUGGAGGGCAUGGAAGGUGUUGAGGGAGUCCUUCUCGAAGGACCUUUUCCUGAAGGUGCCACCCUGCUGUGUAUUACUGAGAACAAUGAGGAUGAACAGACCGAGCAGAGGCUCCUCAAAGACCCUGCCUCUGUCCUCUAUUAUCAGGUAGGUCAUGUAGAGACAGCAGCCUUUGAGACGCUUCCUGCGCAAGUAGAGGAGGUGGUGAGCGAAGGCGGGGAUCCAGAUACGGAGAGCGAUCGGCAAAAACAAGAAACCUGCGGGCAGGAUUCGGCCAAGAGCUUGUCUGUCGAAGUACCUCCACCUCUCGAGGAUGGGGGCGAAGAACAACUUUGUCCAGAACAGGCCUCAAAUGACGGGGAAUGCCUCGAGACAUGCCUGGCACUGGAUGAAAAGGCAGUACAACUUCCUCCAGAAGUGUAGAGCCCAUCACCUCUGCAGAUGUUUUGCACAAGUUAGUCAUUAAAUUCAAAGAGAGCCUACUCCACACAGUGCGAUACGUUACAAGACUGCAUAAUGUUAUUAAAUGUUAACUUCAUGGGUUCGUAUCCAAUUUAGCCGGAGAUAAGCAUGUACUGUGUUUGAAGUAGGUUGUCUGUGGUAAAAUAAGUUAUUAAAAAGAAAAAAAUAGAAUAAUUUAUUUAAAAAAAGUGAAAAAAGAAACUCAAGAAAAGCAGAGAUCCUGAUCUGUCAACAAGUGUUUGUUUUUCCAAUAUGGUAUCAGUUUAUUACUCGAUACUAGUGGGGAAAAAGUGGCCUUUAUGUCGAGGAGCAAGCAUUUUCAGGAUUAUCCAGCGCCUUUGUAUGGCCUUUCCAGUUUGUAGAGUUCCGAUAGCGCACUCCAACAACUAAUCGGCACUGUCGAGAGCGGGUAUGCUAACGCUAUGUUCACGUCUUGAUGGAAUUACCACAGUUAUGGGAUGAGAGCUCUCAUUUGAGUUGUUCAUAUACUAUAUGCUAAAUGCUCAUAACGCCAAAAUGUAUCCAUACAUGGCUUGUUGCUUAUUACAAUAAAAUCUCUAUGUUAACCUUGGAAUGGAGCUUUUAUAAAAUGAAUAAGUUCCGACCUAGGAAUUACAAAUGUUUUCAAAAGCCUUGAAUGGUUUAAAUACUCCUGUAAUCCUAUAAUUAUGGUAAUUCUUCCAGGGCGUGAAUGCAACAUUAGUAAUAUGCAUAUGGCUAAUGCUAACUCAGUGCUAACGCUAAGAGGAGGAGUUGCUAAUUUUAGAAGAGGGUGUUGUUUGUAGCAUCCUUCCUGUGAAUAGACCCAACAAUCCUGGAAAUACUUGGUUUUCAUGUACUGUACAAGUGUUUUGCUAAGAGCUAGCAUGAAGAUGAGUGAAAAAGCUGCUUGUUCUCUGUAUGCACGUUGAAAACUUGAUUCGUUUGAUCUUGCUGAGAGGGGAUCAGGAGGAUGAAUGAAUGUGCAAGCCAUUUGCACAGCAGUUCUUUACUGAUUUAUCGUAGUCUUGACCUGACACCGUUUGAAGCUGUAGCCUACCGUCCCAGUUCGUGGACGUUUAUUUAUUUACCACCGCUUUGUAUUGUUAGGGCGAGGACAAUGUGUGUGAGUAUUGUCUACAAUCAUUUAUGAUUUUUUUUUUUUUUUUUUUUUGAUGUGUUUUAAUUUUUCAGGAGUGAAUGAGAUCAUACACAUUUAUUGCACGUCAAGCCUUUAAUGAUUACAGAAGAGAUUGUAUGGGUGUUAUGGGUGAAUCUCAUGAAAACACGUCACUCCAAAAUCAUUUUACAUAAACAAUACAAUGCUUAGGGCCAUAAUGUUGUUUUAACAUCAGUUUCACCAUCAAAUAGCCGUUUUAAUUCUGUUUGUUACUCUGAAAUGUGAUUCUCAUUCAACACAGAAGUUUGGGUAAAAAUGGGGUGAAACUGACAAUGGCGCAAUGCAAGAAUUUACUAUAUUUUGUGUAUUUUGCGCAGGAAUAUGAUGCAUGGCGUGUUCUUGACAUAUUUUGUGAGAUUGACCCGUCUAAGUUCAACCUUUAAACCCAGUACUUAAAACCCAAGGUGAUCUUAUACAUCAUGUAGGCCUUUAUGUACUGUAUGACAAGGCAAAGAAGACUUUGAGGAGACUAUACAUUGUAAUUUUGAUUUACACAUUUGCCUUUUUAGUUUAUCUCACUAGGCCACAGUUUUAACCAGUCCUGGUAUUUAGGCCACAUUACAAGUUAGGCUGAAUAUAAUUUUGUAUUAACAGUGCACCUUGUUUUUAAACGUCCAAACCCUCAUUUAAACCCUGUGAAGACCAUCCUUCCACCUCUUUUGCAUUUUUAUAGUCCAUCCCUCUCUCAUCCCUCGUUUUAGAAUAUGAAUAAUGUUGAUGAAAAUUUUACUUGGAUGCUUUCUGUUAAAGCUGUUUUAGUUCACCUCUGUUUAAUGUUAGUUAAAGACAAAGUAAUAAUUUGAAUGGUUACAUGAAAAAAUGGUGUCUUCAAAUAGUAUAACGAGUUCUGUGAUGUUGCUAAAUUAUUUAAACGUAAGGAACCGAAGAAAAAUGUCAUUUUGCAGUGUGUAUGAGCGCGUGUGAGUGUUUGUACGUGUGCUUGAAUGAUUUAUGCUGAUUUGUGAGAUGAACCAAUGUUUGUGAGUGCAGUAUGGGGUCAUCACGUUUCAAAAGGUGCUCUUAUUUUAGUUUUUACAUAUUCAUAUUAACACUAUAUGUAGAAUAUAUGUAGAGAGAAAAAUGAAAUGUUAAUAUCCACACAUAGUUGGUUAUGAAUGCAUAUGUUGCUGUUAUCUCUCUGCUUCAAGUUUACUCACCCUUAAAACACUCUUAAGUCCUGAGUAAAGGAGAUGCUUCAUUAUGUGAUUACUUUAGCUAAAAUGGAACACGUGAGGCUAAUCAUGAACUUGUUAGCAUGGUUGCACCCUCAUGACUUAGCAUUGUAAAGCUCCAAGCAUUAAGUGUAAUUCAAACCUAAAUCUGCAAUAAUUAAGAGUUUUGCAAAUGACCAAUCAAGAAGGAUUUUGUUUUAUACAGUUACUGUGUUUAUAAUGUUUUUCUUACUUUGUUUUUGCCUCAUUGUACUGUAUGUUAAAAUGUCUCUUCGUCUCUGUUUACUGAAUGAUCUUUAUGUAUCGGCUAAGUGUGUUAUAUGUCGUUUUUAUGUU